GCAGAGCAGGAAAACACGGGAGGAGCCGCAGCCAGCCCUGCCCUGCCCUACACGGACACCGGGGCCGUGCCGAGCCGUGCCCGGGAGCACGGUGCCGACAGCGAGCAGAGCAAGGGGGAUCUGGGGGAAAUUUGGGGGGGCUGGCCGCCUUCUGCAGCACCAGGGAGGCGGGACAGGUGGGUUACCUGCUGGCGGGGAAGGGGCGCUGUCCACGCGGGCACGCCCGGUUAAAAGGGGGAGAAAGCGAACAAAGCAGGGGGAAGGGAAGAUGGAGGAAGCAGAAGAGGAUGACAUGGCAUGUGGAGACUUGGGAAACGGGCUGGGGAGAAGACCUGGAGCUGCUGCAUACGAAGAGGAGGACGCACAAAGCUAUCCGUCCAGAUCCAGGAAGGGGUCUGGAAAGGCUUGCAGAAGUUUCCUGUCAACGAAGAGAGUGGAAGAAAAUGAAGCUGCUUUUCCCUGCUCCAAGCGGAACAGCGUUUAUGACGGAUCAUCCAAAACCCCUGUUACUAGUUUGACCCGACAAAAGAGCUCCGAAUCCAGUACUGAAAUGUCAAAUGAAGAACUGAAGCAACAACUUCGAGAAGCUCUAGAGGAAGUUGAAAUUUUGAAAGUUGAGCUUGAAGCUUCUCAAAGACAGCUUGAAGGAAAAGAAGAAGCCCUAAGAAUUCUGCAGAGCAUGGCAGUAUUUAAUAAAGCCACUAGUCAUACAAAAGCAAUGCUUCAAAAAACUGAGGAAGAAAAGAGAACUUUAGAAAAGGAAAUAAAUAUUUUGCAAUGGGAAAUUGAAUUUGAUCAGGAUAGAUUUAAAAACAUAGAAGAUACGUGGACAGAAAAAUAUGACAGGAUAUAUUGUGAAAAUGCAGCUCUUAAGGAAGCAUUGAAACUGAGAACUGAGGAAGUUAAAACUCUUAAGUCUGAAAAUGCAAUCCUGAAUCAGCAGUGCUUGGAAUUUCUUGCAAUGCUGGAUGUGAACAAACAGAAGGUUGUUCAGGAAAACAUGUCCUUGAACAGAAGCGACAUCACAGAUAUUACUGGUCUUGAACUGGCAGUUCUUGGAGCCUGCACCUGCAAUACUUCCGGGGGGCAACCUUGUUCCUGUGCUAAAAUGGCAGCUGUCACUCGAAAACAACUUCUUCAUCUCAAGCAAGAGAUUGAACUUCUGAAGAAGAGUAAAGAUGAAGCUUAUAUAAUGGCAGAUGCCUUCAGAAUUGCAUUCGAACAGCAGUUAAUGCAACGAAAGGACCAAGCUCAGAGGCUUGCGGAAGUGAUAAAGAUUAAAAAAGGAACAAAAUUUAUAAACUGGAAACGUCUGAAAGAGGAUGGGUCUGUCAAGUUACAAGGGAACAAGAAUAAUCUCGGACAGAAAUUAUCGAGCCUGCUCUCAUCAGACAUGGACAGUAGGAAAGUUGAAGAACUAGACAACCCUCAUGAAAUCCUGAAGAUAUUAAUAGAUUUGAUAAACGACAAAGAGGAGGCUUUGGCUCAUCAGAGGAAGGUCAGUUACAUGCUAGCCCGUGCGAUGGAGCUUAAGGAGAAGGCUUGGGCAGAAGGUACAGACGGACACCAAGGCAAAGCUGGGCAGCCCCUGGGGCCAUCGGGACCCUGACCCCUGGGCUGCCGCAAGGUUGCCACCCAGCAUGGACUUUUGUCAGCUCCUGAGUGAAACGGAUUCACAAAGUGCUUUGGGAACCACACUCCUGGCCCUCAGAGACUGCGCCCCAUGAAGAAGGCGGCUCGUGAGGAACCGCUGUCCUUUCAAUACAGGCGUCAGGCAAAUAAAAAUGAAGUUUUGCUUUUUUUUAUACACGGA